AUCAUCCGGCUCAGUGGUUCCGGACUCACCUACUAAUAACUUCUCUUUUCCUUUGAACUGUCUCACUGACUAAACCAUUCUCCACUCACUCGACAACCAGCACCUCCAAACCCCAGCGAGUCUCACUCACUGAAAUUUCGGCGAAACUAGACAUGGAGGGAGUGGGGUCGCGGCUGGGCCGGGCUUCGUCUCGGUACGGCCCAGCGGCGACGGCUUCAGUGUUCAGUGGCCCGGUGAGGAAGUGGAAGAAGAGGUGGGUAAACGUGUCACCGUCUCCCGCCAUCGGUUCGCAGUCCCAAUCCAACGUUCACCGAAGAAGCAACGGAAAUGGAAGCAAUAACGGCUCUUCUUCUCGCCUUGUCCUUUGCCGCUGGACCCCACUACCCACUACCACUGCCGCUGCAGACGACGAAGCUACGCCCGGUGAGGAGGCGCCUCCCAAACGGAGAUUCCGCUACAUUCCUGUUUCUGUAAUUGAAGAACAGAAAAGGAGAAGUGCGAAAAAUGACGAAGAUGAAGCAAAUAAAAGUGAGAUUAGCCUAGUUAAAGACUCCCCAACCUCGGAAGGCAUUGAACUGAAUGCCGACCCUUUGAAGAAAGAUGCUCAGGAUUCAGAAAUCGGUCGAUUGGAUUUGGGUUUAAGCUUGAAAGGCCACACUGGGGACCGUGAUUCCAUUGGCCAGAACAAAGACUCUCAGUUGAAAAGUGCAAGCUCUGGUGGGUUUUGGACUAUGGCAUGAUACCAAAACUGCCAAAGAAGAUGAAUGUUUUCUUAGCAUAUUUGACUUUAUUAUAGUGCAUACCACUUAUUUAUAAUCUCUGCAAUGAACACUCAACAUUGUUCCAGUUUGUGAUCAAAUUGUAGACUUGUUGUAAUCUUCCUUACCAUUUGAGGUCAGUUUGUAUUUACUAGAAAUUCACUCAAUCUAGCCCCUAGUUUGCUGCCUUGAAAAUAUUGUUAUGCGGUCGCAGCCAAAUGAAUAGUUAUUGCCUUCA